AUGUCUUCACACGCCCCAAAAUUUGAUAACAAAUGUUACAUUACCACCAAUUCUCCUGAUGGGAAAAUCACCACCUUUGUUGAUUCCACCUCAUUUGUAACGAAGUCGACACAUCCCGGGUUGACAUCAAUGUACGCCUAUUCUGCAGCCUCUACACCCUCACUCACCGAUGACACCGACCUAAAAGCACAUCAAGAAAUCACCAAGCAAGAGAAAAUAGUCACCUUUCCUUCAGCUGGUGGUAGCGCAGCUGCGUUUUUGCACUUCGAUCCUAAUCCUAAUGGAACCGAGGGGUUUAUGCAUCGUACACGUACGCUUGAUUAUGUACAUGUAGCGGAGGGAGAAGUGGAGUACUCGGUGAACAGCGGGGAGAAGAAGAUUUUCAAAAAGGGAGAUGUGGUUAUUCAACGGGCGGGAUGGCAUGCAUGGAAAAACGUGAGCAAGACUGAAGGGGUUACUCUUUUUGCUGUUGCAAUUGGCGCUGAGGGUGCGACGGAAGGUUUCAUGGAGUUUCCAAGUGCGUAG